UUUCAAGUUUCCUAAGAAUAAAUGGUUUGUCGAAACUUUUGAAAUCUUCUUUCUUCUUUCAGUAAAAUUAAGCAGCCGGUUGGUACUCUCUCGAAUUCUUAACGACACUCACACUUGGUUCAAAUGGCUAGGAAGCCAAAGAAACCAUCAUUUUUCAAGAUCCUCCUUGGUGACUUCUCUCAGGGUCUGCGUAUACCACCUACGUUUGUUAGGAAGAACUUCAAUAGACGAUCACUUAGCAAAUGUGACCUUAAAGGCCCUACCGGAAUACGAAGAACUGUGGAAUUCGAAGACAGGGAGAAUGGCAUAUUCUUCCGCAAUGGUUGGCAGGGUUUUGUGAAGGACCAUCAUUUAGAAGCUGGGGAUCUUUUGGUUUUUGACUAUGAUGGUGAAACAAAGUUUAAUGUCAAAAUCUAUGAUAGAAGUGCGUGCGAGAAAGAUGUCGAAGCAGCCAAGAUGAAUAUAGUAAAUCAAGCUAGAGUAAAAGAUGAAAAUGUUGAUGUUGCCACUGGAAACUAUAACAAAGAGCGCAAAAUCAGAACGACUAGCAGAAGUAGCAAGUAUCUCAUUUCUAGGAAAAGACGUUAUUAUGUAGAAGAUACAUCAACUGGAUCUGUCUUGUUGAAAUCGGAGAAUCAAUGUUUUCUAGCAUUUUCAAACAAGAAACAUUUACUACAAUGCGUGCAGGCAUAUAUGUUUUUCUUUUUAGUUUCGCGGUCAAGUUUCAAGCGAAGUUAUCCAUGAUGUUCCACAUUGCAGAGGAUCCCGAAGCAACUAGCGGUAGCUGAAGGCCUUAUGUAUAAGAAUACUGUAACGAUUCAAGAUCCAGCUGGGCGUUCAUGGCUUAUUCAACUCAGAAUCAGAAGGCCUAGUUCUACUGAUCAUUUGGACAUUGCAACAGGUUGGACAGAUUGCGUGAAAGCGAACCGAAUUUCACCCGGGGACACCAUGAUUUUUUAGUUUGUUAAGCAAGGUUUGAUGCGUGUUCAUAUUUUCAAAAAAGGAGCAGUGAGAGGCAAUAAGUGUCGUGUGGUGCUUGCUGACCCUAAUGUUAAAGCUGAAAGCUAGUCGAUCCCAGAGUUUCACGUCACAAAUUUGCCAUCCUUUUGUAAAAAUGUUGUGUUCUUGUAGCCAAAGUAGUGUUCUUGUAAAAAUGUUGUGACUGCAGUAUUACUAUUAGUUUAUCUAUUUUGGUUAAAGGAUGAUGUUAUUUAAUUUAAUUACCCCAGCCACUCUUCUGUCUCUAA